AUGGAAACCGAAACAAUCCCAGCGAUCGAGACAGCUCCGAUUGAGCGCCCUCCACUGCCUCCCGUCUUCCAAUACCCCUCCGCAGUCCCGCCAUCGCUCAUCACACAAGGCGCGGAAGCUCUUCUCUACCGCAGCACCUAUCUGCUCCCAACUCUCCCAUGCGCGCUCAAGUACCGCCCCCCAAAACCCUACCGACACCCGACCCUCGACCUCCGUCUCACCAAGCACCGCAUCCUCUCCGAAGCGCGCGUGCUCGCAAAAUGCAGGCGCGAGGGCGUGCCCGUUCCCGCGGUCUACGCUCUCGACGAGACGGCCGGCUGGUUGAUGAUCGAGUGGAUCGAGGGCGAGGUGGUCCGGAUCCGGCUAAACGAGUGGCUACAACAGCGGAAAGACGAGGGGAUCGCGGAGGGCGUCGACGAUGACCGUCUGGUGCGGCUGAUGGAGAGGGUAGGCAGGGCCGUGGGGCGCAUGCAUGCCGUGGGCGUGGUGCACGGCGACCUGACGACGAGCAACAUGAUGCUGAGGCCAGGGCGGCACGCGGGGCCAGACGGGGAUUCUGCGGUGGGAGACGUGCUCGCGGGGGAUAUCGUGCUCAUUGAUUUUGGGCUCGCGAGCCAGAGUACGCAGGACGAGGAUCGGGCGGUGGAUCUGUACGUCCUGGAACGGGCAUUUGGGAGCACUCAUCCUAGAGCCGAGAGCCUGUUCAAGGUGGUGUUGGGCGCAUAUGGGAAGAGCUUUAAAGGGGCAGAUGUGGUUCUGAAGCGGUUGGAGGAUGUUAGGAUGAGAGGUAGGAAACGCAGUAUGCUGGGUUGA